CGGGCAGGGCUGGGUCUCUGGUGACCGACGCGGCUGCUGGACAGUCUGUUCAAACUGGGCAGGAUAAUGACAUUAGCGAAAUGACGACUCGGGCAAGAAUGCAAUUAGCUGCGAUGAAACGACGAAGUCUACAUCCACCCGGAACGCCGGUGUUUCGGUGCAGUCGCUCCCGCGGCGCAGCCUGGAGAAGGGCGUGGGCCGGAACCGGCGCAGGGAGCUGCCGACUGCCACAUUCUCGGCUGCAGGACGCGCUGAAACUCGGUGCAGCCACCGCAAGGGCCCGCUGGGGACGGACCACGGUGUAGGGCUCUUCUCCCGCGGGAUGAGGGAGGGAGUAGACCCCUCAACAACGGUGUGGGAAGGGGAACCAUAAAAAGAAGUUCGUUCGUAACAUAGAUUUAGCAAUGCAGCCGUAUUUUAAUUGGUUGAAUCCUCUAGCAACUCUUUGAGAAUGAUAGAUUGCUUUGAGGUAUCACAGUUCUGAAACGCUGUAACGAUUGUGUAUUAUGAUGUCAUUAUCAAUGUAUCGAUUUGUUGCAACAUCAUCAACCACUGAUACACUUACGUCUCAGAUCCUCUCGUUGUGUACUUCAUGUUUGAAGAUGACUUCCUAUCAGCUGUGGGGUCUAUGGUCUCCCUUUGAUGAAAGUUUCCAGUUGGAUGGAUACAGUGCAUGUCUUUCUGGGAAACCAGAUGGAACGGAAACAAUUCAGGUAGCCUCGCCAUCGGACCAAGAAGUCGCCCUCUACCUGCAAGAUAACGUUAUGACCAAUGACUGGAAGCUGUUGGGCCUAACAGAUAGUAUCAGUCCUGAGAUGUUGUGUUAUACUCUCAAAGUCGAGCAAGACACCACCGCAGUUGUGUAUAAACCUCAACCUGUCAAACUCAACUCUGUGGAUUCAGUAUUCAAGUCAGCCAUCACCACUGGAGCACCAAAACUGACAAGUGUCUUCCACACUUCUGAAGGAUCAGCCUUUACUGUAAUCAAUGCUGGUUCCCCAGCAUCUACUUUAACUGCACAAUACAAAAUUAAUGUCAUUGUGAUGAUCUACAGACAAUUAUUAAGAGUUGUCACUUUAAUCUAUACAGCCUACCAGAAGUGUUUUCAUGCCUUACAACUUUCAGUUUAAUGCUGGCUUCUUAAGAGUAUUUGGAAUUUAAAGAUGGAAACUGCCUUUAUCUCCAGUUUUCCUUUCUACUGCUCCUAUCAUUUAAAAAAAAUACACACUGAUGUGGUACCACAACUGCUGCAGUUCACAAGUAAGCUGUGGUUGCCUUUUACCUUAAAGAUAUGAGUUCAUUUGGCAUAAUAUUUCUGACAAUGGACUCUUAGAAUGAAGAACAGCACUGGGAAAGUAUCACUUCAUAUUAAUUUGUGACUUUCGUUCUUUAUGUCCAGGCACACUUGUAUUGGGAAUUGGUUGAG